CCCCAAGCUUCCUCUCUGCCUCUCCAUCCUGCCGUGGUUGUGACACCACCGACGACUCCUUGCUAUUCCCGGCUCGUCCUGCCUUGCACCCGCAGACCCCGGGCCCCGACUUUCCCUGCAGGGCACCACGCAGUGCUUGCCCGAGAUCGCCAGAUCCAGAGCCGCCAGUGGCUGUCUGUCCCAGGUUGCACGGGGGGACCGCCCCAUUGUUUGGACCCGACAGAGGGCGCCGUGUUGCGCCCGGGCAGAGCCUCGCCCAUGUCGGCGGCGGCUGGCCUCCCGUUCUCCCACCCUCGUGCUACCGCCGCCGCCGCCGCCGCCACCGCUGUAAGGAGUCCCGGGGAUGUCACCUCUUCCGGGAUGUCUCCGGCAGACGGCAGCGUCGUCUAUGCCACGCCAGACUCGGCCCGGUCUGCGGUCCAGCCCUACAUCGUGGCCAAGCUGGAGCCGACCGAGGACGGCGAUGAGGACCUGGCCACGGAGACGAGCCCCGGCGGGAGCUAUGCCGGCGCCGCCGGUAACACCAGUACCACGGGCCCGUCCGAGUCUGGCGAGCCAGACAGGAAGAAGCAGAAGCGCAACAAGCCGACCUUGUCGUGUCUCGAGUGCGUGGAGCGCAAGACCAAGUGCGAUAGAGGCCGGCCACAUUGUCUCGCAUGUAUAAAACGCCAGUCCGAAUGUCGAUAUGCGCAUGUGGCAAAUGUUCUCGAGGGCACAUCACGCGCAGUUACGAAUGGCCGCAGGAUGACGAGACCGCCCAAGAAGCGGUCGUCGUUCUCCCUGCACAGCAAUGGCGCGACAGCAGACAGGCCACCAUUACCAAACAUUGCUGACAGAGGUGUCCUCACCAGUACGAUCGUCUCGUCUGGCUCCGUUGCCUUGUCCACAGGCCUGCUAUCAAAUGUCCCAUUCUCCUUGCCCUCGGCGUCCAAAGUCUUUGGCAUCGGCUCCGGCUAUCCCUUUGCCAACUACUGGACAUGCGAGGGUGGCCUGCCCGAAGUCAUCAGCGUGCUGCCCGAAAAGGUGCAAUCCGACAUGCUAGUCGCGCAGUACUUUGAGUGCGUGGACCCAGUCUACCCAUGUGUCCACCGGCAGACCUUCUACGCCGUGUACGAGCACUUCUGGUCUCUGCCGCGCGCGGAAAAGGACAAGGCGGACGCCUCGUUCGUCGCCCUGCUCUUUGUCAUGCUGGCUCUCGGCACGCAGUUUGUCAGCACGACCAAGAGCACGCAGGACGACCGCAGGCAGAUGGCCGAGUUUUACGCCUCGGCGGGGAACCAGGCGCUGCGCAUGUUCUCGUACAUGAGCACCGCCUCGAUACAGUCCAUCCAGGCCAUGGUGCUGCUGUGUUAUUUCUUGAUCAACGACAACCAUGCUUCGGAUGGCUGGGCCUUUGCGGGGUUGUUGAUGAGGCAGGCUUAUGCCAUGGGCUUGCAUAGAGACCCGAACAUUGUCACACCUCACGCCAACGCAUUUGAAAAGCAGCAGCGCCGCAAGCUCUGGCAGGCCGUGCUGCUGCAGGACACGUUCUUCGUGGUGCUCCUCUCGCUCCCGCCCAACGCGACGCACACGGACGUGCACGUCGACGACUUUGACGACGACGAGUCGAGCAUCGCCAACUCGGACCCCACGGACACGGCGUACAUCCGGGGCUCGUGGACGCUGGCGAACCUCGUGCAAGAGACGAUCUGCAGCCCACGGUCUCUGGACCUGCCGAUCUGCUCGACGCAGAGGCAGAAGAGCAAGCUCGUGGGUGACUUUCGAGGGGUGUAUCGGAGCUUUCCGGACGUGUUCCGGUCCUGGAACCAAGACUCGAUAGCCCACCUCGCCGUCACCAACAAGCGCGUCGUCCGCCAAACGCUGUUCCUCACGAGCAACUACUACCACAACCUGAUGCUCGUGCACGCCUCCGAGUCGCCCGAGGUGCCGAUCAACAUCAAGGCCACGCUCGAGGCCGCGCACGAGGCCAUCACGGCGUUCUUUACCUUUUUCGCGCUGCUGCCCGAGGAGAGCCGCGUGUGGUGGGUCCUGAACCACCGCGCGUUCCUGGAGGCGCUGUGCAUCGGCGGGAUAUUGAAGGAGGUGAGGAGACUUGGCGCGGAGGCUGGCGGGGACCAGCAGCAGCAGCAGCAGCAACAAGGCAGCGGCGGUGGCGGCGGGGAUGCAGACGGGGAAGGAGAAGUGAAGCUUGGGAGGGAGGGGGUUUUCCUGGGCAGGAGAGGGAGCAGUAUUAGCGUCGGGGGGCGCAAGAACAGUAGUAGUACUGCUGGUGGUAGCGAUGCCGCGGCGGCGGGUGAUAUCGAGCAGCUGCUCAGCAGGGAGCCUCUCUACACCAGGGCGAGGGCGGACAUCACACGAAUGAUGGAGAUCAUGGAGAUUAUGGGCUCGGGUGCGCAGGGGUCUGAGGUUGCGAGGACCAGAGUCACCGUGCUGAGGGAGCUCCUGUGACAACAAUAUCUCUGCGUAUAUCCAUCUCCCCUUGUAAUUAACCUACAUUUCUGUGUCACGGGUUGUGAUUGCAUUUGAGCGGGGACGCAUACCCUUUUCUUUUCUCUUCUUUUUUUUAUUUUUUAUUUUUUAUCUUGGUGCUGUUGUGAAUUCAAGAAGGAAUAGUUUGCGGAGCGAUCUUCCGCUCGAUCUGGUGUGCUUUUUGUUGUGGUAUAUUUGUGUUCACGAGGUAGCUGCAAAUAUGAUGGGCGUUUGCGUAUUAUGCAAACGUGUUGUUGACAGGUCCCUUUGGAUGCAGUGUGUUCGCGCCAUUCCUUGAACUUAUCCCUGGUUCGCUCAAACACAUCACACAGUAUCAGAGGAAGAAAGAAGCAGUGAAUAAC